UUUAUGAUUCUUGUAUUGAAUAUAUAUUCCUAACAAAAACCAAAGCAAGAACCACUAAAUGGUGGCGGAAGAGUUGGGUCAGACGUCCUUUGGCAGACGCCCGGAUUGUUAGGCAAUUGAGAAAGAGCUCUGAAGUUCGACUUGGACGUCUCAUUUGACCGAACCUAUUUUUACACGUUUGACAAAUGGAAUGUGGAUCCCACAAGUUCAAUUUUCACGUCGUACUUAAAACUUUGUAGGGCCAUGAACUGGGCCGUCUUGGGCCCAGGUUAAAGGCCCAAAAAAAUCUUAGUAGUUGGGUCAUGGCCCAAUAUUAAUUUACUUCACCAUCCUCGCCUCAUUAAGAUACUCUUUUAGGGGGCUAACUAAGUAGCGUUAAAAGGACCUUUAAUUCCUAUGAGGAGGAGUACAUUGCACUGCAGAAAUGUUUAAUUGCGUAACUCCACACACACUGAAUAAAGCUUCCUCUUCAUCCAUACAUCUUCACCCUCUUAAUUUUUCUGCUCUUUCUUCACUAAGUGUUGCAGUAACCGCCAUGGCGUUUCCAUUAAACACAAACCCACCAAAUUCCUUCAAUCCAACCCAGCAUUUCCACACCCAAAACCAACAUGCCGUCACCAUUUCUUCUCCUUCUCUUCUUUCUUCCACUUUCAUGGGCAGCCUCGCCGGAAUCCGCCUACAACUCCUUUCUCCGCUGCCUCUCUAACCACUCAACCCAAUCACCGCACCGAAUCUCCUCCGUCCUCUACAGCUCCGGCAACUCUUCCUUCUCCACCAUCCUCCAAUCACGCAUCAGAAACCGCCGCUUCAACCGAUCAACCACCCCGAAACCGCUCAUCAUUCUUACCCCGUUGCGCAAAAACCACGUCCAGGCUGCCGUGCUUUGCACCAAGAGCAUUGGGACACAGCUCAGAAUCCGAAGCGGCGGCCAUGACUAUGACGGAAUCUCCUACGUCUCCGACACUCCGUUCCUAAUCCUUGACCUCUUCAAGCUCCGAAAUAUCACCGUUGAUCUGCGGAGCCAGACGGCUUGGGUUCAAGCCGGCGCCACAGUCGGCGAGCUCUACAACAAAAUAGCUUCCGCCAGCGACGUGCAUGGCUUUCCGGCCGGGAUCUGCCCCACCAUGGGCGUCGGAGGCCAUUUCAGCGGCGGCGGCUACGGCAAUAUGCUCAGGAAAUACGGGUUAUCUGUGGAUAACAUUGUUGAUGCUGAAAUUGUCGAUGUUAAUGGCAGAAUUUUGGACCGUAAGGCCAUGGGCGAAGACCUGUUUUGGGCCAUAAGAGGCGGCGGCGGCGCUAGUUUUGGCGUCGUAUUAUCGUAUAAAAUUAAGCUUGUCCCAGUGCCUCAAAUUGUCACUGUUUUUCGGGUCGAAAAGAGUUUGGAAGAGAAUGCAACCGACAUUGUUUACAGAUGGCAGCACGUUGCAGAUAAGAUCGAUAAUAAUUUGUUCAUCAGGCUUGUUCUGCAACCAGUUAAGAGAAAUGGUGACAAGACUGUUAAAGCGUCGUUCAUGGCGCUGUUCCUUGGCGAUGCAAAGAGGCUCAUGGAAGUGAUGAAGAAAGGCUUCCCUGAAUUGGGUUUGGUGGAAGAUGAUUGUGAAGAAAUGAGCUGGAUUGAAUCUGUGCUUUACUGGGCGGGAUUCGGCCGCGGGACUUCUGCCGACGUUCUGCUGGACAGAAGUCCUGAAUCAGUCGAAUUUCUGAAGAGAAAGUCAGAUUAUAUUCAGUCGCCAAUUCCAAGAAAUGGGUUUGAAAGUAUAUGGAAGAAGAUGAUGGAAUUGGGAGAAACUGGACUUGUUUUCAACCCAUACGGUGGGAAAAUGAGUGAAAUUCCUGCAAACCAAACGCCAUUUCCUCACAGAGCUGGGAAUAUAUUCAAGAUCCAGUACUCAGUAAGCUGGGAAGAGGAAGGAAUUGAUGCAGAAAGAAAGCAUCUUGAUCAGAUAAGAAGUUUAUACUAUUUCAUGGCUCCUUUUGUGUCGAAGUCCCCAAGAGGAGCAUUUUUCAAUUACAGAGAUGUUGACAUCGGGAUUACACACAAUGGGAAGAACAGUUACAGGGAAGGCCAAGUCUAUGGUGUGAAGUAUUUCAAGGGUAAUUUUGAGAGAUUGGUGAAGGUGAAAUCAGAGGUUGAUCCAGGAAACUUCUUCAGGAAUGAACAGAGCAUUCCAGUCUCCCAUCAGAAAGGAGGAACAGAGGAAGCUAGAGACGCAGUGAGGUUGAUCUGUCACUGUUUCAGCCUCUUGGUGAUUGCUUUGUUUUGCUAAAUUUAUGAUUGGUUGAUUCAUAGUUGACAAAAUUUUGACUAAAAUGUAGAAUCCUUGUGGCCGUCUUCUUCUUCUUCUUCCAUGCCUGUUACGCAUGGCUUCUUGAUUUCUUGAAGUGGUAGAAGAAAGCAAAUGGUGUUACCAUUGGCCGCUUGGUUUUUACAAAAUGGACACUUUUGAAUUUUAUUGUUCUUUAAGCUGAUUCAAUGAAAUAGGGAUUAGGAAUGAAUGGUUUUAAGUAUACUGAAUUUAUUCAAGACAUUGUAGUUUUUUCCCUUUACUAGAGGAGAGAUAACUGAGUACUUUCAUUGUUGUUCUGUAAUGUUUCC